AGGAGAGGAAGAGGCUUUGGAAAGAACCCAGGAGUCCUGCGUCCCCAGAAGACUCUCCAAUGCUUCCCUUCUGUACUUCAAAGCCCAUUUUAAAAAUAAUAAUUUUUGCUAGCACUGCUUGGUGCCUUUAAGACCCGGGUGGCAGGUGGAUGUCCAACAGGUGUUGUUCCCCCACCACCACAACCUCAGCACAGAGGCGCAGAAACGCAUUGCAGCGGGUUGGACUAGAUGACCCCUAGGUUCCCUUCCAGCUCUUUGAUCUGUGAUCAGAAUGCUUGUCUGGCUGAAUUUUCCCCUUUGAGGGAACUGGCAAGGGGAUAACCCCCACUUUUUGGGGGGCGAGGUUAAUUUUGGGGGUCUGGGGGGCUGAUUCCCUGCACCCCCUCGUUUAUUUACCACAUUUGGAUCCUACUUUUCCCCCCGAUCCGGAGACCUCAAAGUGGCGUGCGUGCUUCUCCCGCCCUUCAAGCGAUAUCUACAACGACCCUGAGAGGUGCUGUCAUGGCGCCAGAUGAUGGCACCGACUGGCUGCUCCAGCUGCUGUCCGAAAUCCAGCUGGAGCAGUUUUACGGCAAAAUCCGCAACGAGCUCCACGUCACCCGCCCGGGACAUUUUGAUUACGUCAAGCCCGCGGAUCUGGAACGCAUUGGCAUGGGCGCCCAGGACAGAGACGGUUGGAGGAAGCCUUGAAGAGGAGGAAACCUCAAGGCCAGCGCCCCAUGUCCUGGGUCUAUAAGAUGUUCACUGGGACGCGGAUCCCCGAGAGCGACGAAGCCCCCAGCCCAGCCCAGCCCUGCCCGACCCCCCGGGCCGACGCCGACGCCUCUCUCAAGUGCCUGAUCAGCGAGUGGGACCUGCGGAUCCGGGAGCGGCUGGGCGACGGCUGCUUUGGGGUCGUGCAUCGCGCCGAGUGGAGCACGCCCGGCGGGGGAGUGAAACCCGUCGCUGUCAAAUCCCUGCGCUCCGACGUCUCCUGUGACCCAGGCGCCCUGAUCGAUUUCCUCAAUGAGGUCAACGCCAUGUGCUGUCUGAACCACCCUAACCUUCUACGCCUCCAUGGGGUGGUCCUAACUCAGCCCCUCAAGAUGGUGACUGAGCUGGCCCCCCUGGGCGCCCUCUACGACCGCCUCCGGCCCCCCUUCCCUCUCCACCAGCUCUGGAGCUACGCCCUGCAAGUCGCCCAAGGGAUGUCGUACCUCGAAUCCAAGCUCUUUGUCCACCGCGACCUGGCCGCUCGCAACAUCCUCCUGGCCUCCGAGGAGACGGUCAAGAUCGGCGACUUCGGGCUCAUGAGGCCGCUGUCCAGCAAGAGCGACCGCUACAUCAUGUCCGCGCACCGGCGCAUCCCUUUCGCCUGGUGCGCCCCAGAGAGCUUGCGCAUGGGGGUCUUCACCAGCGCCUCCGACGUGUGGAUGUUCGGCGUCACCCUCUGGGAAAUGUUCUCCUACUGCGAAGAACCUUGGAUGGGAUACUCCGGACGGCAGAUCAUGAUGAAGAUUGACAGGGAAGGACGGCGGCUGGAGCGCCCUGACGACUGCCCCCGAGAAAUCCACGCCCUGGCGAUGAAAUGUUGGGCCCACAACCCAGAGGACAGACCCCGCUUCCGGGAGAUUGUCAGCCUUCUGCAAGAGCUCCGUCCCAAAGAAGUGAAGGCGUCCCAGGAUCUGAACGAACCCGGCUGGCUGCGUCUGGAGGCAAACGAUGGCAUCACGGUGAUUGAAGGGAGCCCCGAUUCUUCGACGUGGCGAGGCCAGAACAGGCGGACCCUGAGGGUGGGGAUCUUCCCGUCGUCCAUAGCAAAGCCGGAGGACGAAGCGCCCCCUGCUGGCACGCCGCAGAUCAGCCUCCCCAUCCGCAGCUCCUUCGUGCACCUGGGACACGGGGACAUCGACCCUGAGCGCGGAUGGGGCGCUCCGGACCGAAUAGAGGAGAAGAAACCGAAAGCGCGGGCGGUUAACUCCAAUCCCCAGAAUCGAGCUGGAGGCAAGCAGCUGUUGCAGUUGGCUCGUCUCUCCAAGAGCUUGGAGUCUCUUUCGGACUUCAGCGUUCUGCGCACCAAAGCCCGGCUGCCCGCCUUCAAGCCGGACCCUCUUGGCGUCUCUUCCCAACAGCGCCGUUCAAGUGACCUGCCGGGACCUUUGCCUCAUCCAGCGCAGCAGCUGGAGCCACGGGGUCGGAAGCCUUUGUCCCGCCUGCCGAAUCCCGCCCUGCCCUCCUGGGCCCUGCCCAAGCCCGAAGGCCCUCCUUCGGGGGCCAGGGAGAAGGAGCAACGGCCGCCCAGACCCCCACCCCCCAAAGGGGCGCUGCCCCCAGCCCCUUCUGGAGGGCAGAGGCCAACCCUGGCGGAGAUCGAGAAGAAGAUCAAGGAGGUAGAAGACAGGGUCCACGGCGCCACGACGGAGGAAUGCCACGAGGCCUUGAGGGCGAGCGGCUGGGAUGUUCAGAAAGCCAGCCAGUUGCUAAAGGUGAACCAGCUCUUCCACCUGAGCUCUCACUCCCGGGAAGAGUGCCGGUGGAUCCUAGAGAAACAUCGCUGGAACCUGGCCAUGGCCUCUCGCUAUGUGCUCAGCCGGGGCCUGCGGACCUGACCUGCGUUUUGCGGAAGACGGGUGUGUGUGAAAUCCUUCAGAGACAGAACAAAAAGGCGCCUCCGUUUGACGUCUUCCAAGCGGCAAAGCUCGUCAUAAACGCAAAGCGAGGCCAACGCAUCUCCCUUAGGUGGCGAAUCUUCGCUGACCCGCCAUAGGGCCUUGGGGAGAUUCUGCGAGACCUCCAGCAAUCCUGCCCCCUGGCUCUCAUGUGACUUUCAUCAACCUGGUGCCCUCAGCAGAACUCAGAAUUGCAAGGGGCCUUUAUGCGAGUCCUAGAAGGGCCUGCUGGAUCCGACCUAUGGCCCACCCAGUUCAGCAUCUUGUUCUCCCAGUGGCCAACCAGCUGCCCCACUGGAAAGCCUGCCAGCAAGAUCACACCUAGGCCCUUUCUCAGAUGUCACAGUAAUAAUACAGUCGUACCUCAGAAGUCGAGCGGAGUCCGUUCCGGAAGUCCGUUCGACUUCCAAAACGUUUGGAAACCAAG